CCCAAAAGAAUUCUCUUAAAAUUCGCCAGGGUAACACAGCAUGACUAAAAGUACUUAAGGUGUAUAAGACUGCUUAAUGAAUCUUAUAUGCAUAAGAAGAAUAGACCGAUUUUAAAUGAAGACUAUAUGCUGUAUAAUUUGUAUAUACAAUGCAGUAUAAAAAUGCAAAGCAAACUAUGGAUAUUAAUUUUAUUUUACAUUCAGUAGAUUUAGACGUUUUAUAGCAUUAAAAUUAGGAUCGUAAAAAUGUGCUAUAAAAUAUGUUUCCAGUUAUACGAUAUAGUCGUAGUUUUAUUAAGUACUUUGUUUUAUUACCAAUUCAACAGAGACAGUUGUUUUAUGAGUUUUAUAAAGCUAAAUGGUUUAAACAUUGUUUAGUCGAAGGAAAAUGCUUGCAAAAUAGAUUGAACACUAUAUAUUCUGUUCCAGUAAGACUUCGCAUAAAACAUAUUUGUAGUAUACUGUUCACUUUUAAGACUGGUCAAUAAAAGUUGCCCACUUUUGAGACUGGUCAACCGAAACAAAACAGCUUUCAAAACCUGGACCUAAACAUCAAGACAAUGAACUAUACGCUGCUACGGUUUAAGAAAAAUAUUUUGAUGUUUUUUUUCUUUUUUUAACAAAAAUAAGGGCUGUUCAAAAAGUCGCAAAAUCCGUUUUUUCUCCUCGCAUUAUUAACAUAACAGAAUUGUUAUUUAUUUCUUCGGGUACAGUAGUGAAGAUCAGGUUAACCAAACUAGAAAGAAAUAAGAAUUAUACAAGCUUUAUUUAUUAUUUCCUGUAUUAUACGUCCACAGGUUCAAUAGUUUGCAGAAACGUUUAAAAAUGAGUUUCAAACAAAAGAGCAUGUUCAUGUUUUGUUUCGGUUUCAUGGUGGGCGCAUUCGCGUCUUAUUUUCCUUGCUUAUCACAAGUUUUGUUUCUUAAACGAGCAAACCUAAGAGACACAACUCCUCUUACAACCGUUGCCAUGACUGAGCCACCACAAGUACAGGACUCACAAGUACAAGAGUCGCAAGAAUUUAUGUCUCUGAUGAAAUCCAUACAAAAAGAACGUAAAGAAACAUUACAAAGAGCUUGCACAAACCUAGAGAAAAACUGCAAGGGCACGGGGACCACACAUUUUCAAAGGGCUUUCUUUUCGAAACGAUAUCAGCUUGCAGCAUGCGACAUAUAUAAGAGUGGGAGUACAACAAUGAUGCAUUCUAUAUUAAAAAUGAAUGGUGUGGCUUGGGAAAGUUUAAACUUCCGAGGGAUGAUGGACGCAUCGGCGAAAAUUCGUUUUAGCUCAAUAACUGACAAUGAGGAAAAAACUGCAAUGUGGAAUGCCUAUACUAAGAUCAUUCUUGUACGACAUCCAUUUGAAAGAUUUGUGUCAGGAUAUACGAACAAGCUUAUUCCGUCGGGAGUUGGGUUUGGGGGUUACUACAAGGAACUAUCACCUCAACUGAAUAAAGAAUAUCGUCACCUUAGAUCGGAUGUGAGCAAACGCAACGCUACCGAACCUAAACACGCAACGUUUGAAGAUUUUCUUAAUUAUUUGCUAACAACAAAAGAAAGACCAAUGGACGGCCACUGGGCGGAUUAUGUGCAGCUUUGUGAGCCUUGUGCGCAUGGUUAUGACGUCAUAAUGAAGAUGGACACACUGGAAAAUGACGUACGUUACGUGACGUCACUGCUGAACCUAACUGCCGAACACAGCAAAGAUUUUUUUAAAAAUCAAAUCGGUCGUUCUACAAAAAGCAACAAAACCAUGGAAUAUUUUGAAACGAUCCCGAAAGAGUUGGCGAACAGACUCUAUGAAAACAGACGGCGGGAUUUCGAAAUGUUUGGAUAUAGAAAACCAGAAUGGAUAUGUUGAUUCCAUCUGACCGUAAAAAAAAACAAAUUAAACGUAAGCCUGUAACUGGUAUAACCAAUCUAUCGAGUAGCUCAUAUAUGCUUUAUAUUUGUAGGUCUUUGUAAAGGUAUUAGUAAUGAAAUUAGGUUUAAAAUAGUUUUGUAUGUUUUGUAUUUUAUAAUGUGAUGAAUUACCGGUUAUUUUUAA